CUUUGCCUUUUAAAGGAGAGGCACCGGUUAAAUUUCCCCUGUUAAGAGAAGGGAAGACGAAGGAACGCUCGUUGCUUAUAGAGUUCUUGCGAGGAGUUCUCUCUCUCUCUCUUAUUCCAGGGAAGAUCGAUCUAUAGUUUGCGAGAGGAGAGCUCGGGAUCUUGGGAGGAAAGGAGAAAAUGGCACAGAUUUUCUUCCUCGCAGUAGCAGCAUUGCUCGUCUCAUUCCAAGCUUGCAGUGGCGAGAACGAGUAUGUCGUUCGUCCCGGGAUGAAGCUGGAAGUGUCAUUCGCGGACGUCCCAGCAGCGCCGCCCACCGGAUCCCUUGCGCCGCCACCAGUCCCGGUUAUGGCGCCGCCCACGCCCACGCCAGCGCCCGCGACGCCCCCGGUUGCGACGCCGGCCCCGGUUGAGGCGCCGGUCCCCUCCGCCGCCUCGCCGCCAGCGCCACCCACCGCCCCCACCCCCGGCGGCUCCGCCAAUGCUCCAGCCAGCCCCCCCGGCACCACUCCAUCCUCGGCUCUCGCCAUCGUCUCUCCCAUCUCCAUCGUUUUGGGCUCCAUCGCGCUGCUGGGUCUGUUCUAGACCUCGAUCUUUUUCCAAUCCAUGCUCCAUUUUUUUCCUCUCUCUCUCUCGAUUUUCCCAGUCCUCUCUCGAUUUGCUCCUACAUUGGUGUGCGUAGAUUUGUCUCCUCGCUCGCUCUCGCUGCUCUGAUUUGGAUUGGAGACUCCUCCCAGAUCUCCCGGUUUCGUGACGAUGGACAGAUCGUUAUCUUUCGGCUAUUUUACCGUCUUCUUCGUCGAUCGAUCGAUCAGUCGGCAGCUCUGUACAAGUAAAAAUGCGUUCUUUCCUCUCGCUUUGCUUCCCUCCUCCUUCCUUUCGCAGGAUCCAUCUCCAUCCCACUCAGAGCAGCAGAGUUUCUAGGAAAUUUUUUGUUUUCGUUGUGGUUCUCUCUUUAAAAAUUCGAUUUUUUAUCCUCUCUCCAGAGGAGCACCACUCCA